UGAAAAUGGCACGUCUCGGUUCUGCUGAAAUUUGUUUAAUUGUCCUUCUUUCCCUGUUUUUCCAGAUAUUCGCUCCUGUGACGGCAUUUUUGGAUAAACUGGGCAUUGGAAAUAUUGGUACUUCUUUGAGCCAAGUUCAAGGUGGCACAACAAUUGCAACUAUUGUACUCCAAAAAAUCGUUGAAGCGAUAAUGAAAUUAGUCGACGUCUUGUCUGAUUCGUUUUCUGCAGCAAUUUUGUCUGCACUUGAAGCCAUUUUUAAUGCAUUUGGACUUACUGUGGCGCAAUUAGUUACAACGUUGCAGGGAAUAGCCGGUAUGAUAGAAAUGAUAUUAUCUUUAGGCAAGUUUGAGUAUUUCAUUGAUUAUUAUGGAUUUUACAAGCUAUUUCUUAUACAAAUAGGCCAAAUGGGCAUUGAGGGUCUUCUGUCACAAUUCACAUGAGUUAUUUGGCAUCUUUCGGACAAUAAAAUCUGGACUUCUGACGUGGAAAUCUUAAGAAAUAAUAUUGUCAAGAGUCGAGAAUAACUAAUAAAUGUGUAUAAAAAUGCA